GAAAGAAAAGGAGCAAAGGAUCUCCCCAGGACGACGACAGCAUUUGGAGCCAUCUCUGUUGAGAGAUCCGACAGAUCUGCUUGGUGGAUCCCGGCAUUGACGCCGGAGCUCAAAUCCCGCGCGGCGUCCGGCGUGUCGCUUGACACGAGCCAAGUGCUCGUUCUUGUUGCCAACCCAACAACAGCAACCGAAGAGAGUUGAUGACAUCUCGUCGACGCGCCUCCUCCGGCCCGUCGUCCGAGCGAGGCCUGCUGCCCCGUCCCCUUCCCUCCCUCCUGGGCCGCCCACCAUCAUCCCUCCAGCCACACCACCAACACCAGCAGCAGCAGGCACCGGCAGUGCUGCCUGAGGACAUCCCAGUGCCGGAGGACUCUGACGAUGAGACCGGAUGGAUACCGGGGGCCAGCCUGGACCAUGACAUUGCCGACGCUGUCAAGGAGGAGAUUGAAAAGGUCACGGCGGCGGACGGCGAAGGGCCCGUGUUGUCGUCGAGUGAAAGCGAUGACAGCGAGGAGGAGGCGCGCACGGCCCUCUCGCGUGUGGCCGCCACUGCUGACGAGCGGCUGGAUUUCUUCUCGGACAAGUUCGAGCCUCUGCUGGCGCUGCGGCACCCGUCCCUCGCCCCGCCCCUGAAGCCGCAGAAGAACCUCGACACCAUCGUGCAGUGCAACCUGCUGCUGCCCUGGGAGCUCCAGGACCAGCUGGCGCCGCCAUACAACCUCUCCCUGCAGCAGGCCCCCGACAGUCAGCAGAAGGACCAGCCGCAGCAGGGGAGGAAGAUGGGCGAUCACAUGAAGCAGAAGCUCAGCCGGAUCCGUGAGCGCGUCAAGGAGACCAAGGAGAGGGCGGCCUGCUGGCUGCGAGGCGAAAUCGGCAGCAAGAGCCAGGGGCCGCUCGGGGCCAUCGGGCAGUACGUCAGGAACCAGGAGUACGUCCGUGUGUGGGUGCGGUCCAACGCCCGCGGCAAGGCGGCGGUGAGGUCGACGGUGACGGGCCUGCCCGUGGCCUAUGACAAGCACUGGUCCCUGCUCCUGAGCAAUGUGGUGGAGGUCAUCUACCAGCCGGCCACUGCCGAUUUGACCCGGCGUGGUGUGCGUGUGGAGGAGAGGAGGCGCAAGCUGCGGUCGCUGUUUGUGCGGGGCGACAAUGUGAUGCUCGUGGCGCCAGUCGAUGGCAUCUCGGAGGCGGCGAACCGGUUCUGGGGGUACAGAUGAUAAGAUGCAUGCUUGGAUGGAUGGAUGGAUGUGUGUUUGGUUAGCUAACCGACCAGUGAGUGAGACCCAAGGCAUUUUUGCGGCCAGUGCUGCGUAGCUUAGGGAGUGAGUGAAUGCGGUAAGUUUUAAGCGUUGUCACAGUGUCCAUAAAUACACCUGACAUCACAUGACAUGUCAUGACAUGCAGUGCAAUGCACCUCACACGCACACGCACACAUACGUACGUACAGGUACACAGGUAAAGACAGAGUGG